AUGAGCGUGUACCAUUACUACAAUAACGUAAUACCCAGUAAAUCUAUCAGAACUGCCAUUUGCACAAACCUAAAGGGUAACAAGAAAAAAUAUUUGCUGUAUGCCUGCAACAAUUAUCUGAAUGUAUGUGCAGUAGAUAAAGAUGGACAUACAAGUGAUUAUAGUAAACAUGCUGUUUUUUCGGAGAUUUUAGAAUUAAGAGAAUACAUACCUGAAAAGCUAGUCGAUACAGGAAAAAGAGAAAAUAUCAAAUCGUAUAUUUUUUUAUUAACAAGAAAGUAUAAUUUGUUGUUACUUCAGUUCGAUGUGAAACUAAACGACUUUGUUACUAUCUCCCAAGUAAAUUUACAAGAACUCAAUGGAUUACAUGUCGAAGAAGAUAUAACUCUACUUUUGGAUGAUAGAAAUAGAACCAUUUUAUUCUAUGGGUAUAAAAAUAUCUUAAAAUAUGUACACUUAGAUUAUAAUGACUUCUUUAAUCUAAGCCAUAUAUAUACCUUGAGACUAGAUGAAGGUCUAAUAAUAGAUAUCAUUUUUUUGAAAUUCCAACACCGUAAGACUGAAACCGUCUUCGACACUAGUGAAUGUAGCACUCGUAUCAGCACUAAUGGGAAUGCCCAUGGAGGUAAUAAUAACAAUCCAUGGAAAGAUGAUGAUGAAAAUAAUAAAACAGUGCCUCCAUUACAAUCUGUUAAGAGACAAAGCAUCGACUCGUUUGAUAAAGCUGUGACUAAAUUGAAUGCAAACGAUGUUGUACAUCGAAACAGUAAGGAUAGCAAAAUUGAUUAUCUUGACAUGGAUUUACCCAAUCCUGAUAUGAAAGAAGAAAAAAAUGGUACUAAUCAGGAAAGUAGUAAAUGUAAUAAUAAAAGUGGACCCCAUGUUCAAUACACUACUAUCGAACGUGUAAAGAAGCAUUACGCAGAUAAUACCACAAUGCAUAAUUAUGGUUCUUUUAUAAACUCUCCUUAUCAGAGGAGUGAAACAAAUGGAACAUCAAAUGUGAGGAUGGAGAAAGAGAUGUUUGAAUCCACAACUAGAAUGGAGAAAAAAAUGGAGGAAGAAAAAUUAAAAAUAACGAAUCUGAUAGAAAACAUCCCAAAGUGUGCUGAUAAUAAGACAGCUUGGAAUAGUAUUACAAAAGGAGAAAGCUCCAACAUCUGUUUAGAUAAAAAUCUCAGCAAUAGUAACAAGACAGGAAAAAAAAAUUCAUCACAUGAAAAUCCACAAAAAGGGAAGAAAAAAAAAAAUAAAAGCAAAAUUAGUGCAACGAUUUGUGUUUUGUAUGAUGCAAAGAAAAAAGAUUCUCGUUCGUACGAACGGUACAUUAGACUCAUUCGUUUAUAUUCCAUGAGUGAUGAUAAACGUAUAAGUGCUCUCAGUGAUGUUAGCACACCCUUGAACCCACGUAGAAAUAAUGAAUUCUGUGAUGAUGGGAAUGCCAAGAAUAAUGUUCAAGCGUACCAUCACAACAACAAUGAUGAUGAUGAUGAUGCCAAUUUUAGAAACGUGAAAAAUGAAAAAAAGGAAGGAAUGAAAUAUAUCAACUUAAUGUAUUAUAAACCAAUAAUUGUAGAUUCAAGCAUAAACAAAUUACUUUGCAUUGCUAAAAAUAAGUUGAUGCUUAUAGGAUUUCAAUUUAUCAGUUACAUUAAUUUAGAAAUAGACCAAGACAAAAAUUUCUUCCUCAGCUCUGAAUUGAGAACUAUUAGAUGUAUAGAACACAUCAGCCGUAACAAAUUCAUCAUGGCAGAUGAUUAUGGUGAUCUCUUUAUACUGACAUGUAUAUUGGGGUCAAAUCCUUCUUCCUUCAGAAGGAGAAGUGAAUGUAUCAAUGAUAACAUUAUUGAUGAAUUCAUUUUCAAAGGUUUGCCUUCGUCUCUUGGUGUAGUUCCAUCUUCCUCCUCAUCAUCUAUUGGUGGAGGUCAAUCCCUGAGUAGCGAAAUUAGUAGAAAAAUAGAAAACGACAACAAUGGCAUCAACUCAAUCACAUUACAAUUUAUAGGAACCUGCUCAAGGUCCAAUGUUGUCGUGUCCAUUUUUCCAGAUAUUAUUUUCUUAGGUUCACAAGUAAGUGAUAGUUAUUUACUCAAAAUGCAUAAUUACCCAACAUAUGAAUAUGACGAUUACACUCCUGUCGAACCAUCUACAUGUUCAACGUUUAACAGUUCUUAUUUUUACCAUCGUGAUAACCGUGGUAAUAGCAUAACUGGAGAUGAAAAUUCAAAUGAUGAAAAUAACAACAACUGUAUGUUAAAACAAUUUCAUAGUGACACGAAGAGAGGUGCUGACGAGUAUAUCAUAAAUAAUGGAAUUGAUUAUGUUGAGAAUCGAAGUAGCAUAACGAAAAAGAGAAACUUUUUGCAAGAAAAUUAUCCUUAUGCAGAAGAGAUUACUAGAACUAACGAAUUCACAUAUCACAAUGAUAGGGGUACCAAUUCGAUUGAUAUGCAGCAUCAUGCUUCAACGAGUAGAAGUAACUAUAAAGAUGGUCAGUACAAUAAUAAACACAGUGAUGCCCAAAUUACAAAUUCAAGUCGUCAAAUUAGUCAUUUGUGUGAUGAAAAUAUGUACCAAUAUCAAAGUGAAUGCAUAAGUGGAAAAUCUUUUAAUGAUGGUAAUGUUGAGGAGAAGAAGAGGGUAGUGAUAGAAUCGCAUGCCACUUCAAUCAAAAAUAAUCCAUUCGCAUGUACACACAUUGAUACAUAUAGAGACUCGCAAACGUACACAGCAGAAAGAGGAGAAGAUAAAGUACAUAAUUUUCAUCUUAGAAAUUCUUUGAAAGAAAAAAAAAAAAAAUUUUACAUUGAAAUUUUAUCUGUAAUACAAAAUAUGGGUCCCAUUUUAGAUUUCUGUGUUAUUAAGAAUAAGAAUGACGAGAAGGAAAUUAUAACUUGCAAUAGUUAUGGUCGAACUGGAUGUAUAUCUAUCAUAAGAAAUGGAUUAAAAACAAAUAUUAUUUCUAAAUUGAACUUCAGCAAAAUCACGAAUAUGUUCGUUGUCAAGUAUGUUAUACACCUGAAGAAGAAAAAUAAACAGAAAGGAAAAUCCACAAUAGAUGAAAAAUUAUCUAACAAUGAUGUAAUGCAGAAAAGUGAAAUAAAUAAUAAUCAUGAACAAUCAUUAUUACAGAACAAUAUUUCGAAUCCUCUUGUAGAAGAAAAAGGAAAGAAGUCAUUACAGUUUCAGGUUUUUGCUCAGCUCAAUGAUAAAAAAAAUGUAGAAAUUAAGGAUAUAAACCUUUCCUUUCUGAAUAAAUACUACUUCCAAAACGAGAAAGAAAUUGACGUUUUGAACUAUGCUAAUUUUAUAUACUUUCACAUUUUCAUCAUUUGUGUAACUUAUGGUUACCAAACCAAAGUGAUAGGAGUGUGCAGAGAGGAGGGUGCUGGUGAAAGCAGAGAAAAACGUGACAAGCGAAAUUUACAAAAGGAAUAUUCAACAGAUUCCAUGGGCAACGUGGGUAGCAGAUGCAACGAAAAAAAGAAACAUCACCAUUGUGACACUGUCAGCCCAAAAGUAACAUCAUGCGAAAACUUUACAAAUGACCAUCCUUUUAACAUUGAUGAUCGUGGUCAAAGGAAGAAGCAGAACGAAAUUUUUCUUUGUGAAUAUAAAAAUACAGAUGUAGAUUUGUUAAGCAACACGAUAUAUUUCAAUGUCUUGAAGAAUUUCCCAUACCUUAUUCAAGUAACAAAUAAUCAUGUUAAACUUCUCUGUUGUUUAUCACUAAAACUUGUGUAUGACUUAAAGAUGGAUUAUAUAUUUAAGUUCUGUGUUUAUAACGAUUAUUUAUACAUAUACUGUGAUAACGGAAUCCAAAUAUAUGCAGUAGAGGAGAAGUAUCUUCAGUUGUUAUACAACCACAAGUGCGAUAGGACUAUCACCUCCAUGGUAGUCUACAAAAGUUUGAUGGCUUGUGCUUUCAACAAUAGGGAAGUAGCACUUAUUAACAUAGAUGUCAGCUGCUUAGACCGUAUGAGAGUGUCUAAGAGUUGUUCAAGGGGAGACAAAAUUCCCAAUGACGCCAUUCAAGUAGACAUGGUUAGAAGCGAAGACAGGAUUAGAGACCUAGAAUCCAUCAGAGGCACAGAUGAGAACCCAUUUGUUAAUACAAAGAAGCAAAGAAUUUUCACGCAAGCAAGCUCCUACCAACCGGCUCUAAGCACACUCGUUUUUAUAACAGAUGUCGAAGUUCUAGAACUGAACGACAAUGUGUAUUUAUUUAUCGGGCUUAGUAACGGAGAAGUGGAAUCUUUUUUAUUAUGUGCAGAUAAUCGAAAUGAUAGUGGCACCCAGAGGAGGGUACGUGAUGACACGUUCUUGACAAGUUUCAGUGCAGGUUCAUAUUCCAAGGGGAAGAAUCUCGAUCGUGGUGCCUCUCAUAGUGAAAGUGGAACAUCUGAGGAAAGAAAUUCAGAUGCGGAAAGCACACAGAUGUGGAAAUUGUUCCAAAAUGAAAAUGGAAAAAAUCAGGUAGCACGCAUGGAUGGAAGGAAAAAUGGAGGAAUCGAGAACACACAUAGAAUAAGAGGACAUGCUGAUAAUGAUAAUAUAUUUAAAUUACACAAGUUUUAUUUAAAAAAAAAAGAAGAAAUAUUAAAACUUUUGUAUAAAGAUGAUAUACUUAAAACAGGGAAAAAACCUGCAUUCAGUUACAAAAUAAAAAUUACUGAUGAUAUGGAAAAAGAAAAAUAUGUAAAAAAAUGUAAAAGAGGAUUAAUAAAAUAUUUAUCUGAAAGUCAUUCAAAUAUACUUCAAUAUUUCAACUUUUCCAAAUGUGUCUUUACAAAUGUUCAUGACUUGCAUAAAGCAUGUAUGAAGAAUGAAGAUGAAGAAAUUGUUAUGAGUUCUAAUUUAUUUAAUAAUGUAAAUAUUCAAUCCGAUACAUUUGUAAGUAUGGAGAAUAUCCUUCAAGGAGAACAUACUAAAUAUCUCAAAGAUUGUAAUAGUGAAAUUCAUGGAAAGCCAUUAGAAGAAUCUUCAUGUAGAACCAUAAAACAAACUAAUACUCACACCAUAUACAAUAAUAUGCAAAUGCCACAUGAAUGUGCAACCAAUUUGUCAGCUUAUAAGGAUAGAGACGAUUGGGAUAAAAACGUUCGACUUUCUUCCUCCCAUGGCAGGUGGAAAAAUUGUGAAAAAUUAUCGCAUUUCAGUGAUGAAAUUGGGGACACUAAUGUCGACGUGGAAAAUUCAUUGGACGAAUUGCACGAGGUGGCGAGUUUUAGUGCGCAAGAUUACGAGAACGAUUACGAGAAAGAUAAAAUUGCAAACGUACCAUUCAGAAGGGCCAACAUAAAUUCGCACCUACACGCACGUGAUGGAAAAUUUGGCAAAGAGAUUAAUUUGAAUAGGAAGAAGACCAAGUACUUUUUCCAUUUUUUCCAGAUUUAUGGAUCUUCAUCUGAGGAAUCAUCAGAUAGUGACAUUGUUAACUUUGACGUGUUUAAGAAGUUAGAUGCAAAAGUGGAGGAGAAGCGAAGAGCAGGAAGCCCAACCAGAAGCAGCAGUAGUAGCCAUAGGGAGAGGAAACUAAAAAGAGGAAGAAAAAGAGGAAGAGAGGGAGGAAGAGAAGGAAGAAAAGAAGGAGGAAAAGAAGAAAGAAGAGGAAGAAAUGGAAAGAGUGGGAGAAGCAGUAGCGACAGCAGCAGUAGCAAUGCCAGUGGAGGCAGCAGGAAUGGUGGACUCAGACGUAGUGUGGAACAAGGAUCAGAUACCCAAUUUCCCUCCAAAAAUAUAUUACCAAGUUCAAAUAUUUGUGACAACAGCUUGAACCCGUAUCCCUCAAGGAGGUUAAGCAAUCUGAACGAAGAAACAACUAGCGAAAUCCACAUAUCGGACCCCUUUCCUGAUAAUGGAGGAAAAUCAAUUCAUGGAGAGGAGGAGAAGGGCGAGAUAGAUAAGAUGUACAAUGGAAUAGACAAAAUGAGAAAAGGAACCAUCGAAAAAAAAGAAAGAGGAAACCAAGCUGAAGCAACUUGUAUCCAGCGUAUAGUGAAAAAAGAAGAAAAUAGUGAAAAGGAUAAGAUAAAGGAACUAAAUAUGAAACAAAAGAAAAGCUACAUCCGCUUAAAACACGAACGAGAUAGUCAAGAAUCACAUGACGAGAUGACAAAAAAAAAAUCAAAGAGAAGUUAUAACAGUAUAUAUGACGAAGAUGGUAAAAUUAUUGAACACGAUCUGCCUGAGAUUAAAGAGGUAGAUGUAGAUGGCAUGUGUGUUAGAGAAGAUUCUCCUUUGGGUAGAGUGGAAAAAUGGAAAAACCAAUUAAGCAGGAGCGACCCAAGCAGAAGCAACCCAAGCAGGAGCGACCCAAGCAGAAGCAACCCAAGCAGGAUCGACUUAAGGAGAGAAAAAGAACACCUAAACGAUAUAUUUCAAAAGAAAGUGGAAGAACAGUGUGGGAACAUUUAUGUGCGUGAAAAUUACGUGGGUUCAGGAAAAUACAGCAACUUUGAUGAAAAUGAAGAAUUUUCGUCUGAUGCAUCUAUAUGUUUUAAUAAUUUAAACAAUAUUUUAUUUGAUGAAAAGAAAUAUAUAAAAAGGUAUGUAAUUCGAAGUAAAAAAAUAUUGCUAACGAAUAAGAGAAGAAUAAAUGUGUGUACAAAAGGUCCAAUUAAAUUUAAAAAGUUCUUGAAAGUUUUUUCAGAAAAAAAUAAAAUUGAUGUAAACCUAACAAAUGUUGUGAAGAAAUAUAAUUUCCUCUUCGUAUGUUGUGAUAAUCCAAUUAUUAUAUAUUCAAAUUUAAAAAAAAAAAUAUGCUUAUCCAAAUUAUCGAUUAAGAAUAUAUACCAAGUGGACAUUUUCAACGAUUUUAAUUAUCUCAACCCAUUUCACAAUUUUUCAGCAUUUAAAAAAAUAAAUCAAAAUAAUUUCUACUUCAUAUGUUUUGAUGGUUUCAAAAUAUUUAUAUCACACCUCAACGAGAUUAAGAAAAACUUUUUGCAAAAAAUACCUUUUCAUAGAACGGUUGAAAAAAUAGCUUAUCAUGAAGAUACAGGGCUUUUAGUUGCUGCUUGUCCCGUUGAAGAGAAACACAAAACCAAUCAAAUGAUGAAACAAAUUCUAUGCUUUUUCGACCCAUUCCAAAAUUCAUUCAAAUACACAUACGUAAUCCCUUCCAAGUUUAGUGUUUCUAGUAUAUGCAUUUAUGAAAUCCAAAAAAAAUCAAACACAAAUAAGGUCUAUAAGACGAACGAGACCACCCAAGUGAAUACUUUCAUUUGCGUAGGAACGGCCAAUAACAAUGAGAGAAUUACAGAACCAUCUUCUGGGCACAUUUACAUUUUCAUAGCAAAAAAGAUGAUAAACCUUUUUGAAAUCAAGCACAUAUACACGUACAAUGUUAAUUGUGGUGGAAUCACACACCUGAAGCAGUUUCAUGAAAAACUUAUCGCUGCAGUGAAUAACACGGUCGUCAUUUUCGACAUUAGCAACUUCCUAACCAACAUGGAGAAAUAUAUCAACAAUUCGGGAAAAACUAUGAAAACAGAAAAUAAAGAUGAUGUGGUGGAAGUGGCCUCCUUUACACCAAGUUCCUGGAUCAUGAGUCUGGACGUUUUAGAAAAUUAUAUCAUAGUUGGAGAUAUAAUGACUUCAGUAACACUUUUGUCAUACGAUUUUGAGAAAGCUCUCCUGACCGAAGUGUGUAGAGACUAUUCCAACGUUUGGUGCACAUCCGUCUGUGCACUAUCGAAGAACCACUUUUUGGUUUCGGACAUGGAAUCCAACUUUCUCGUCUUGCAGAAGUCAAAUGUUCGAUACAACGACGAGGAUUCUUUUAAGCUAUCUAUGGUUUCACAGUUUAACCAUGGUAGCGUUGUUAAUAAAAUGUUUCCUGUAUCCUUAACGAAUCUUUUUGAUGAGGAGGAAAAUCGAAGCGGAAUUUUGCAGAAAGAAAAAAGCAUUUUAUGUGCCUCCAGCGAAGGCUCAAUCAGUGCCAUAAUACCCUUUUCCAACUUUGCCAAUUUUAAGAGAACCUUAUGCAUAGAAAUAGCCCUAAAUGAUAACGUAUCAUCUAUAGGAAAUUUGAGUCAUAGUUCAUACCGAGAAUAUAAAGUUAAUUCGUUAUCCAAGUCCUGUAAAGGAGUAAUUGAUGGGGAACUUUUCAAAAUGUUCUUUUACAUGCCAUUUGAAAAGCAGUUUAAGACUUACAUUUAUGCAAAAUGGAUCGCAAGAAAAUUAAAUUGCAGGCUGGGGAACUUCGAACGCUUCAUGUUGGACAUCGAAAAUCUCUGCACCCUGAUGUGA